CAACAAUUCAUACACUUCCAUCGCCUAUAAAUCCGACCGUAGCACCAAGCAGCUGUAUUCAAAAAAUCAAAACCCAACCCAAUUCCCAGACCAACUUCCUCGUACUGCACAAAUGUCUUCCCUUUCCGACCUCAUCAACCUCAGCCUCUGCGACUACACCGACAAGGUCAUCGCCGAGUACAUUUGGGUCGGUGGCUCCGGCAAAGACGUCCGAAGCAAAGCCAGGACGAUUUCCGAGUAUGUUAGUGAUCCCUCGAAGCUGCCCAAGUGGAAUUACGACGGUUCCAGCACCGGCCAAGCUCCGGGAGAAGACAGUGAAGUCAUCUUAUACCCACAAGCUAUUUUCAGGGAUCCGUUCAGGAGAGGAAAUAAUAUUCUUGUGAUCUGUGAUUCGUACACUCCGGCAGGGGAGCCGAUUCCGACGAACAAGAGACACGCGGCGGCGAAGAUCUUUAGCCAUCCGGAUGUCGUAGCUGAAGAGCCAUGGUAUGGAAUUGAGCAGGAGUAUACACUGUUGCAGAAGGAUGUCAAAUGGCCUAUUGGAUGGCCCAUUGGUGGCUUUCCUGGGCCUCAGGGACCAUACUACUGUAGUGCUGGUGCGGAUAAAACAUUUGGCCGCGACAUUGUUGAUGCUCACUAUAAGGCCUGUCUAUUUGCUGGUGUCAACAUCAGUGGUAUCAAUGGCGAAGUCAUGCCCGGUCAAUGGGAAUUUCAAGUUGGUCCAUCGGUGGGAAUAUCAGCAGCAGAUGAACUGUGGGUCGCGCGGUACAUUUUAGAGAGGAUUACGGAAAUUGCGGGGGUGGUUCUUUCCUUUGACCCCAAACCAAUUCCGGGUGAUUGGAAUGGAGCUGGGGCCCAUACUAACUACAGUACAAAGUCGAUGAGAAAAGAGGGAGGUUACGAGGUGAUCAAGAAAGCUAUUGAAAAGCUAGGACUAAGGCACAAAGAACACAUUGCUGCAUACGGAGAAGGCAACGAGCGGCGUCUCACUGGUCGACACGAAACAGCGGACAUCAACACUUUCUUAUGGGGUGUUGCAAACCGAGGAGCUUCGAUUCGAGUCGGGCGAGACACGGAGAAAUCGGGGAAAGGCUAUUUUGAAGAUAGAAGGCCUGCAUCCAACAUGGAUCCUUACACAGUCACUUCCAUGAUUGCAGAAACUACCAUCCUUUGGAAGCCAUGAAUUUAGAGCACACCACAAUGUUUGUUUGGUCAUUGGUUUUAUAAUUUCCAUGUUUUUCUUAUUGUCUUCUUCAGCUGCAAAAGGGGAAACUCCAUGUUUGAGAUUUAAAUAAUAAAGUUAGCAAUUUUGCUU